AUGGAUGGAACUUUUAAAAGUUGCUCAAAGCUUUUCUCUCAAAUUUAUACUAUCCAUGUUGAUAUUGGAAGUACCUCUAACGAGAUUAAUGUUGUUCCUGUGUUGUUUUGCUUACUUCCCGAUAAGCGAAAGCAGACUUAUGAGAGAUUAUUUCGUUUAAUUAAAAAUCAUAUUUCUGAUUGGGAUCCUAAAGAAAUUGUGAUGGAUUUUGAAAUUGCAGUUAUAAUUUCGCUGAAAAAUAUUUUUCCUUCCUUAAAUAUAAGAGGUUGCAAUUUCCACUUAAAUCAGUGUCUGUGGAGAAAGAUUCAAGACUUGGGACUUGUUAACGAAUAUAGGCAUAAUGAAGAAAUUAGAACCCAUCUCAGAAUGUGCGCGUCCCUUGCAUACAUACCCGCGGAAUGUGUCGAUGAUGGUUGGCUGUGCAUACAAGAAAGUUCACCUCGUAAUGCAAGAUUAGAGGCAUUUUAUGAUUACUUUGUUGAGCAGUGGCUUGAAAAUGACGUCGUAACUAUACAGAUGUGGAAUUGCAAUGAAAAAUUGCACAGGACAAAUAAUAUUGUUGAAGGAUGGCAUCAUAAAUUAAAUUCUGUUAUUAGGAAAAUCCAUCCUAAAACUCUAGAACUGAUAAAAUUUUUGAAAAAACGAAGCUAA